AACCGCCAGUCAUUUACUAGCUCUCAUUAGUAACGUUUACACUUUAAAUUAUUUUAUCAUUUAUUGUUACUAACUUAUAUAAUACUAAUUAUCAUUAACUUGUUAUAGUGAUUUUAAAAAUAGUAUAUAUUUCAUAGUGAAAAUAUCGUGUUUCUUAUUAAACAUGAUGAAAAAAAUGAUACUUAAGUACAAAUAUAUUUUAAUAAUAAUAGGUCUGUUUGUUGUUAUAAGUACUAGUAUUUUAAUGAUAAUUGGAGUUAAUGAUAGGCGGCGCAAUGGUAAAUACAAGGAUAAUGUCGAUGAUGAUAAUGAAGAUGACGUUUAUAGACACGUAAUCAAGCAAUGGUAUAAUUUUCCAAAACACGAUAAGUGGUUUAAUAAUAAAGAAAUUUCAAUGUUCGAUGAGCGUCUUUUGCAUGAAAUAAAUGAAAGAUGGAUAAUUGAUACAACAAACAGCAAUAAUAAUUAUUCUGGACUUACAAUGCCUGAAAUUUAUGAUCCUUCGAUGGGUCAGAGUCAAGUUAUCAAACAAAUUUUUGGUUACAAAAAAAAUGGAUUUUUCAUAGAAUGUGGCGCUUUCGAUGGGGAAACAAGAAGUAAUACAUUAAAUCUUGAACGUUAUUAUAAUUGGACUGGACUAUUGGUUGAAGCUGAUCCAAUUAAUUUUCGAAAAAUGAUUGAUAAAAAAAGACGUGCCUAUUUAUCACCAACAUGUUUGAGUUUAAAACCAUACCCUAUGAAUACUUCUUUUUUAAUGGCAAAUAACAUCGGUCGAAUUCAUCAGCCCAAUGAAUUAACAAAUAAAAUAGAGAACACAAAAGACGUAGCUCAUAAUGGUAAACAUGUUGACGUUCAGUGUUUUCCUCUCGCCUCAUAUAUUAUGGCGUUAAACAUCACAUCCGUCGAUUAUUUUAGCCUUGAUGUUGAAGGGAGUGAAAUGGAAGUUCUUCAAACCAUUCCAUUUAAUCUUGUCGAUGUAAAGGCACUUUCCGUUGAAUAUACGCAUGUGGAAAAUGGAAAAAACCGCAUGAUAAAAUUUAUGGAAAAUAAUGGGUAUUAUUCUCAUUCAUUUGUUAAAAAAGAUUAUAAUUUAGCAAAUGAUAUAAUAUUCGUUAAACGUAAAUUAUAAAUUGCUUAAACAAACUUUAUAAUCUACUUUUUUUAUCAUAAGUAAAUAAUAUCUUGAUUAAACAACUGAAUUCGAUCGCAUUCAACAGAAUUAAAUUUUUAAUUCUAUUUAAUUCAGAUAAAUUCUGUUAAUUCGGUACCUAACUUAAAAAUGAAAUCUGUCUAAUUCGGCAGGAAUACCACAAUUUUUCCAAAUUAAAACGAAUUUAAAUAAUUCUAUUCGGUUUGAUUCUGAUUAAUUCGAAAAUAAUUCUCCAAUUUCUGGUUCUGAAUCCAAAUUAAACUGAAUUAAAACGAAUUUGAAAUUUUUAAAUCAGUUUUAUUCUGUUUAGUUCAAAUUUAAAUUUUCAAUUCAGUUGAAUCCUGUUUUACCGAAUUCGACAGAAUAUAACAGAAUUAAUAUUUUUAAUUUGGUCGAAUUCAGUUGCUUAAUCAGGGUAGAUAAAUUUCAUUCAACGCAUGCCUGAUUAUCGCAUCUUAUCAUAUCUGCAAAGCAAACCCUAAAUGGUCGCAGUCUUACUAUCUAUGAGUAUAUCUAUGUGUAUGUAAACAGCUGACUUAUAGUAGCAGCUCAAGCGCAUGCGCAAGUAAAUUCCACUGAGUGUAGUGGGGAAACUGAAUUGAGGGGAAAUGGUAGUAAAAUGAGGGAAAAUGAUAUCUUACAGAAAGAUAUCUUAGGAGGGGAGCACUGUGACGUUUGGUUAUAGGGCUCAUUAACAAACGCAUUUAAAUUCAUAAUCACAUUCUUCUAAACUCAAUAUAGUAUGGUAUUUUACGGCAAAAGUACGGUAUUUUUACUUUAAUUUACGGUGAAAUACGGUAUUCUACGGUAAGAUACGUAUUUUAAGGUAAAUGUACGGUAUUUGACGGCAAUAGUGGGGCAUUUUACCGUAAUGUACAGUAUUACACAGUAAUAACUGUAACAAUAGAAAAUCAUACGGUGCUUCUAGUAAAAAUGCAACAAAUCACGGUAAAUUGCCGUACUUCACCGUAAUUUACCGUAAAAUACCGUACAUACUGUAAAUAGCCGAAACAUCCACCAGGGUACAUAAAAAAUAGGUUAAUUGUUUGAUAUCAUUACCGAUCUCAUUAAUUUUAUUUUUUAAAGUUCAUGGUCCCUAAUAGGUCCCAAUGAUACUUUCAAAUUUUCUAAGUCACGGGAUCUGAUUGAAGACUGAGUGACUAAGGAUUUUAUUUCAAUCCAGAUUGACUCUUUCACCCAAAAUUCUGAAGCUUGUAAAAAAUUAGUCCCCAUCCAUAGAGAAUAGAGGCGGGCUUUUACUUGAUUCACUAUUAGUUUGUAUUAUUUAGACGAAAAAAUAAAAUUAAAAUGUCAAUUGCAAUGAAAUUAAAUUGGUGCGUCUCAUAUUAUGUUAUAUGAUUUAAUGAAUUAAUUCUUUAUGUAAAUGAUUAUAAUAAUAAUAAUCUAAUUGUAAUUACCAUUGUUUUAUUUAUUUAUUUAUUAUUUCUUUUGUUUUACAUAAUUGAUGAUUAUACAUUGCCAUUGUACGUGUCAGAUAAAUAUUACUGACGACACAUCUGUAAAUAUCAUCUUCGAUUUUCAUAAAUGAAUCAUGACACAUUGUACAUAUUAUUAAUAUACUCAAACCCGUUAACAAUAUCAUUACGCUCACAUAAAACAUUACCAUUCUUAACAAUAAGUUAAAAUUUUUUUAUUUGUAAGCUGUGAAAUUUCGAUUUUAUCUUAAAUAUUUUAAUAUUUCUUAUUUUUUUUUUGUUUAUGUAUAAAUUUGUAAUGCAGUUAUUUAAAAUAA